AGCCCUACCGAUUGUUUUGAUGAGUUUCUGUUUUGAUUCCCUCGUUUAGUAGUGUUCGCUGAACUCCAGCUGGAGUAAAAAGUAUGUUAUGUGUUGAAUGUGGACGGUGAUAGUAGUAUAGUGCUGGUUGUGAUUGUGCAUUGCAUUUGUUGUUCCAGUACAUUAUUGGCUUUCUAGUAACGGAAGCACAACAAGAUAAUCCGUGAUUAGUAGACCAUAUGAGUUGUGGAUAUCGAUCAAACACGAUGUAAGAUAGGAAAGCCCUGCAGUGAUUCCACCACAAUAUUAUUUUUCUUUAACCAGCUGUUAACAAGGACACACUUCCAGAUUUGUAAAAAAUCAUCAAUCUGGUUUAAAUCUCAGUCUUCUGUGAUAACCUAAUUGUUAACAGAUAUCAGUUACAUAUUGGAUGAGUUCACCGUUUGUAAAAUUAUCCAUUCCCACUUCCGAAGACGAAUACCCUGACAGAAGAACAGAUUCAAAGUUUGAUUUCACGCGAAUUGUCGCCACGUUACACCCACGAUGGAGGUUUCCCGCGAGGACUGGAUCGAUCGGGCCCUGGAGAAUAUGAAAAAGUUCCUGAACAGAGGCGGCUGCUGCCGUGGUGAUGAACCCCAAGUGCUGGAGGGCGUUAGUCUCCAAAACACGCUUGGAUACGCGCUCAGUUUAACGGUGAAAGACCCGAACAAGUGGACCGACGAGGAACUGCAGCUGGAAUAUAUGGAACAGCUGUGCUUCUACGACGAGGAAUCACGCAAAACAAUCGACCGGAUCGUGCAGCAAAUGUACACCGGCGUCCAUCCGAGUGUGGCCUGCCGGCUAACUAUACUUCCGAUCGAGCUGUACAGCGAGGGAAAACUGUACGAGGUGCCCCUGUUUCGGUACUACUUCCAGCAGUCCACCGAAACGGAACCAAAGUUUAUCGAUUCCAUUGGGCGGGUUUAUCAGGACUUCCAAGAUUUUCUGAAGAACAACAAGUAUCCUUCGGCGGAGAUGAUGUUUCCCAAGGAGGGAAAACUGGUGCCGACCAACUUGAAGAACGUUGAAUAUGAUAUCGGGAAGACGCCGGCCUGGAAAAAUUACUACUUCAAGGCGCUGGAUAUUGCGACGGGCAUUAUCGGUAUCGCCGGAGCAACGGGGGCCAUCUUCCUCUCGGGUGGAAUCGCUACCCCUUUUAUCGCGGCCAGCGUGGGGUCCGCCAUCUACGCAACCGGACGGUCGAUCGAUGUGCUGCGGGAUAAAAGUGCCCACCAGGAGUCGCUGAAUCCAUUCUGCGAUCCGGAAUCGCGAACGGCGUGGCUCAGUCUGACGGCACACGUGCUCACCUUCGGAACAAUGCCGCACAUUUCGGCCCUGUCGGGGGUAGCGUCCACCAGCCACAGUAUCGCCACCGGGUUCAAGGUGUGCAAUUUUAUCAAUGAAACAGGAAACAUCAUCAGCGAUUUGGUGAUCUGUGAUACCCUGUCGGCGAUGCAUUCCAGUUACUACAAUGCGAGUAUCGAGACGCGCCUAGCGCAUGCCGCCUCGAUAUGCUUCUGGACCAAGACGGUGAUUAGCAUCCGCCAGGCGGAGCUGAUGAUGAAGAACAACGCAAUCGUCGCGUUGAAGUUGUUCGGAUUUGAGGAUCAUUUCUGUGAGUACUUCAACAACGAUUCGCGGGCGAUCGACAUCGGUCUGCGAAUUGUGAAACAUUCGCUGCAAAGUAAUGUGAUCAUUGCCUCGGACAAGACCGAUCAGAAAGCCAUCACCAUCGACGGGAUGAAGUUCUGUAUCGAAACAUUACUGAAGCUGGAACCUGAAGAGGUGGAAAAGUUAUUCGUCAUUUUGCAAGCGGUUUCGAGCGAUGAGGAUCGCGAGCUGUUCAACGAGCUGAGGCUGAUAUGCGAGAGCGAUGUGGAGUUGGUCCGGUUAAUUUCAGCCGAAUCUGAACACGAGAAUCUUCCGGGGAACGAGCUGGCAGAGAUGCUGCUAAAAGUUUACGCUUCGAUGCGAAGCCAGAAUCAGUUCAAAAUGAGUCUCAACUCGACGGACGGUCUGUGUAUCGGAAAUGGAAUUAAGCUGGGGAUCAAGGCAGCAUUCAUCAUAUUCGCUUCCAAAGAGGAACACCAGGGCGUGAGUCCACUGAUAGAUGCCGUGCUAGAGCUUCCGCCAGAUCAGUGCGAGGCACUAACCGAGAUAAUCAAAACAAAACCAGAUUACAUAUCGAUUUUUAAACUGAAAUCUAGCGAUGACAGUAGCAGUAGGGAGGACAUAAGUAGUCGCAUUAUUAACGAAAUUUCAAAGGCCUUAAAUGAGAAAAACUAAGUUUUCGGAGCACGUAGAUUGCGAUAGCAGAAGGGGAAACGAGCCAAAUUUUUAGGGACUAAUCGUAGUACAACUACCUAGCAGAAGUAAUCGUAUUUUAUAAUGCACCGCGAAAAUGUUUUGUAGACAGGGAGCAGCUCCCGCAAACGCACAUACACACAAUUAGAGAAACUUUAUUCAGUGGAGUAGUGUAAGCCGAAGUGCAGUCGGUUUUUAACCAAUGAUGACGCUUUAACCUUUUAACCUAACAAAUGAAGAGACUAAAUUGCACCUAUUGAGAUAAACUUAGGUUUGAAUCGGAUCAAACACCAAAUUCAAAGAAUUAUAGAAUCGAAACUAGCUUACAAUUUAGAUCCUCAAAGGUAAAGAUUAACCAAAGACGGCAAUGGAAUCAACAAAAUUACAUCACGGCGACCGGCGAACCGGCAUAAUUUAUCACAAACCACACUGACAGGAAGUAAAACUUGCUACAAACUUAUUUUACAUAUUUAUACGUACAAGAAAAAGUCUAUUAGGAAUGAUUUAUUUUUGACAAAUAUAUAUAUAACUAAUCUAUACUGUUGAAUAGCACCAAGCUCUGGGGAUGAAAUGCGAGGAAUA